AGGAGCAGAAUCUGCAGCUCACGGAAAACUUCACCAUCAAGGUGGUGCAGCUCAUUGACACCAUCGGGGUGCGCCACGGUUUGAUGCUGGUGGGGCCAACCGGAGGUGGUAAGACCUGCAACUACCGUUUGCUUCAAGCAACCUCCAUUGCGAUGUGUGAGGCUGGCGACACAAAGUACCAGAAGGUUCAGACCCACAUCUUGAACCCCAAAGCCAUCACACAGGCACAGCUCUACGGGGCUUUCGAUGAAGUGACACGUGAGUGGUCGGAUGGAGUGGCAAGUGAAUGCGUGCGAACUGCUGUGGCCAGUGGAAAGUCAGGAGUGCCCGACAACCACUGGGUGAUUUUCGAUGGACCUGUCGAUGCUCUUUGGAUCGAGUCCAUGAACACCGUGCUGGACGACAACAAGAAGCUUUGCCUCACUUCCGGAGAGAUCAUUUCGCUCACACCGCAGAUGAGGAUGGUCUUUGAAGUGGAGGACCUGUCGGUUGCAUCGCCUGCCACGGUGAGUCGAUGUGGUAUGGUUUACAUGGAACCGUCAGCCCUUGGAAACGAGCCAUUGAUUCAGUCAUGGGCCGAGCGACUACCUUCCACCUUCAAGCCGGAGAUGUGUGAAAAACUCAAGGAGCUGAUGUUGGAUUUCACCCUGCCGAUGAUCCGAAUCGUGCGCAAGCAGACGAAGGAACCGUCCAUGACGGUGGACAACAACAUUUGCCAGUCGCACUUCAGGUUGAUGGAUUGCUACUUUUCGGCCUACAUUCCAACUGAAGCGAAGACACCGAGCCCUGAUGAGAUCAACAAAUUGCAGUCGCACUUGGUGCCGCUCUACUUUUUCACGCUGGUUUGGUCUGUGGGUGCAACUUGUGACAACAAGGGGCGUCAGAUCUUCAAUGAGAAGCUAUGGGAGUUGGUGAAGGAGAAGGGGGUUGAGGUCGGAGGCAAGCUGGACAGCAGCAUAUUUUGGUACGACUUCAUCUACGAGCUUGAGGGUGAAAGAGAAGGCCAAUGGACGCCCUGGUUGACCUUCGCGCCCAAGUAUACGGUGCCUCCACGCUCUGAGUAUCAGAAUAUCGUUGUGCCAACCGUGGACUCCAUCCGUUUGACGCACACCUUCUCCACUCUCCUGUUGAAGGACAAGCAUGUCAUUGUGGCUGGCGAGACAGGGACUGGAAAGUCCGUGUACUUGUCGCCCCGGGCCUAA